AUGGCAAGUAACGGAUGCUUGGUUCCCCCAGGUGAAUCCGGGGGUGGAUUAUUUAUAGUUAAGGUUCGAGACCAGAGCCCGGCAUCUCGGCAGCGGAGCUUUGGAUUAUUACGCAUGGAUCUCGACGGCAACAGCAGUCCCUGAAGGAACACCACUAGACACCACAGACCUCCUUUCUACGCCAUGUUUUCGUCAAAGAUCCGAUCCAUCUUCAUAAUAACCUCUACCUUUAUCAUCCUCCUCUCCACCGCCACCCCGGCCCUCGCAGCCUGCACGCGCGCCGACCUGCUCGCCGCGGCCUCCGAAUUCGUCACGGCCGUCUCGGCAGGAAACGUAACCUCGCUGCCCUUCUCCGCCAACUUCACCUACCAAGAGAACAACCGGCCGGCCUCCAUCGGCAGCACCUGCGUCUUCUCGCAGCCGCUCAAGGUCGACCUGUCCCGCUCGACGGCCGACGCGGUCGCCUGCGCGAGCUACACGCUCGUCACCUCGGCCUCGGACCCGACGCCGCCCUACGGCGCGCAGUUGCCGCGGGGAGGGAGCCAGAGGAACAAUGGGAACCGGAAGUAUGUGAUUGACGAGGUGGUGGGCAGCGUAGAUGUGCUGUGCAGCUUCGACGCUCUGGGGAGCUUGCCGGACAGCCACGAGAUUCGGAUAGAAGACGGGAAGGUCAAAUAUGUCGAUACGGUUACUGCUUGAGAAAAAUGAUUCGCGGGUGGCAGGCAGUGUGCAUGUUGAUUGAACAUGCGUUGCUUGCUCGGAAUUGAA